AUGGACUGUGCCAGCGUCCCCAAAGGCCAGGAAAAGAAGCGGCGGCGUUUGCCGGAUGAACGGGAUGAUCGAUUGAACACGGCCCUGCCAACACAGCCGAAGCGGCGAUUCUUCGACAAUGACACCACCAAAGAGGACCCCAACCGGGGUUCACUCCCGCUCUCGCUCUCUCCUCAGUCGGCCUCCUCGCCCGCCCCGGUGGAGAGGCAGCCGGCCAUUGGCAGUGCUGUAGGCUCUAGUUCUUGUCGCCGUGCACCGCCUCCGUCGCCGUCGGCUGCCUUUGACCAGACCGUCUUCGAGGCCAUAGUAGAGCAGAGCAUCGAGCCCGAGGUGAUGCAGAUGAUCCGCGACAAGUGUGGCAACAACAUUGAGCGUGCCGUCAACAUCUUUUAUGACGGCACGUGGAAGUCUGCGCUGCAAAGAGUGCACAAGACGGCUGCCGUUCCGAAGGCUGUUCUGGCUGCACCGACCACAUUGUCUGCAUUGUCGACAUCGUCUCUCCGGUCAUCGAUCCCGGAGCAGCGGUACGUCGGCGCGUUUGGCGUCGAGGGCUGGACCACGCGCAGCGGUGUCAACCUGCUGAAACACGGCGACACGGUGCGGAUUGAGCGGCAGAGGGCCGAGCGGCCUCGCAUCGGGGGUUCCAUGCAGAAGACGACAAAGCUCGGGGCGGCUGCUGCAGCGCACAGCAACGCGGCCACGUCCAAGCGCAUGGACGUGAUCGUGCGGUUUACGACGACGGGCGGCAUCGAACUCGGCCGGCUCUCCAAGCAGGCGGCCAGCUGGGUGUCGGCCCUGAUGGACCAGAAGGUGUGCAAGUUCGAAGGCGUGUGUGUGUAUGCGCCGGAGCGGCUGCGGACAAACGACACCGUCUUUCUGCAGCUGCGCUGCUGGCUGCUGCGGUCGGCUUUUGACGCGAAGCCAGCCCGGCCAGACGACAACCGGACCACCGGGCUGUUCGAGGAGAAGGAGACGGCCGAGGAGCGCGGUUUGCGGCUGCGGCAGGUCGCCCUCGUGCGGCUCUUUGAGGAAAUCAACUUGCUGCCGACACGUGUCAACGAGGCGGCGACCAAACGCGGCCGCCAAGGCCUUCUCGAGGCAGCCGAAAUGGCAGAACAGAGGGACAGCAGCAAGGAUGUGCCAAAGGAGGUGUCAUCGACGGCGACGACGUCCGAUGAGCCGGAAGACGGCCAGGAGCUGGAGCAAGACCAGCUCGACGCCCUGUACCGAAAGGCACAGUCGUUUGACUUUAGCACCCCCGAGGCCGAGCCGCCAGACACGUUUGCCCUGUCGCUCCGUCCGUACCAGAAGCAGGCCCUGCACUGGAUGAUUUCCAAAGAGAGGGACGGUGAGACGGGUGAGACGGGUGAGACGGGCGAGACGGGCGAAAACGCACAGAAAAAGGAAAAGAAGGUGUCCAUGCAUCCGCUGUGGGAGGAGUACCUGUGGCCUUUGCAGGACGUCGACGGCAACGACCUGCCGCCGGUGCAGGGACAGCCGAGCUUCUACGUCAAUCCGUACUCGGGCGACCUGUCGCUGGACUUCCCGGCCCAGGAACAGAACUGUCGGGGUGGCAUUUUGGCCGACGAGAUGGGGCUGGGCAAGACGAUCCAGAUGCUCAGCCUGAUCCACGCCCACAAGUCGCCCGUGGCCAUGCAGCUACAAGGUGGCAAGACGGCGGAAAAGCACAGCCUCCGACGGAUGCUGACCCGGCUGCCCGAUGUGGCCGACGCGCCCUGCACGACGCUCGUGGUGGCCCCCAUGUCGCUGCUGGCACAGUGGCAGAGCGAGGCCGAGAGAGCGUCGACGGACGGGUCGCUGCGGUCCAUGGUCUACUACGGCUACGACAAGGCGGCCAACCUCAAGGCGCUAUGCUCGACAGACGCGGCCGCCACGGCGCCCGACGUCGUCAUCACGAGCUACGGCACCGUGCUGUCUGAGUUCACGCAGAUGUGGUCACGUGACUCCAAUCCAGGCCAGGGCCUCUUCGCGCUCAACUUCUUCCGCAUCAUCCUGGACGAGGGCCAUACGAUCAAGAACCGGCAGUCUAAGACGGCCAAGGCCUGCUACGCCCUGACGGCCGAGCACCGCUGGGUGCUGACGGGCACGCCCGUGGUCAACCGGCUGGAGGAUCUCUUCAGCCUGAUCCGCUUUCUCCGGGUCGAGCCGUGGGACAACUUCUCGUUCUGGCGCACCUUUAUCACGGUGCCGUUUGAGUCCAAGGACUUUAUGCGCGCCCUGGACGUGGUGCAGACCGUGCUGGAGCCGCUGGUGAUGCGCCGGACCAAGGACAUGAAGACGCCCGACGGACGGCCCCUGGUGGCCCUGCCGUCGAAGCAGCUCGAGAUCGUCAACGUCGAGCUGUCGGCCACCGAACGUGACAUCUAUGAGCACAUCUUCCUGCGGGUCAAGCGCUCCUUCACCGCCACCGUCGAGGCCGGCACCGUCAUGAAGUCGUACACGAGCAUCUUUGCCCAAGUCCUGCGCCUGCGCCAGUGCUGCUGCCAUCCGGUGCUGGUGCGCAACAUGGACAUUGUGGCCGACGAGAUCGAGGCGGGCGCUGCUGCCGAUGCUGCUGCCGGCCUGGCCGACGACAUGGACCUGCAGGCGCUCAUCGAGCGCUUUACCGCCACCACGACCGACGAGAUCGACGAUCCAGCCAGCAGCAACGCCUUUGGGGCCCAUGUGCUCGGCCAGAUCCGCGACGAGGCCGUCAAUGAGUGUCCCAUCUGUGCCGAGGAGCCCAUGAUCGAUCAGACCGUCACCGGCUGCUGGCACUCGGCCUGCAAGGACUGCCUGCUCCGCUUCAUCCGCCACGAGACCGACCAGCACCGCCUGCCGCGCUGCUUCCACUGCCGCGAGGUCAUCAGCCGCCGCGACCUCUUUGGCGUUGUGCGUCACGACGACGAUCCCGCCACCACCGGCCAGCCGCCGCGCAUCAGCCUGCAGCGCGUCGACGUCGGCGAGUCGUCCGCCAAGAUCGUCUCGCUACUUCGCCAUCUGCGCGACCUCCGUCGCGAGCGCCCGACCAUUAAGUCCGUCGUCUUCAGCCAAUUCACCUCCUUCCUCUCACUGAUCGAGCCGGCCCUCCGCCGCGACAACAUGGCAUUUCUGCGCCUCGACGGCACCAUGGCCCAGAAGGCCCGCGCUGCCGUGCUCGAGGACUUCCGCCGGUCCGACCGCUUCACCGUCCUCCUCAUCAGCCUGCGGGCUGGCGGCGUUGGCCUCAACCUGACCAUGGCCAAGCGCGUCUUCGUCAUGGACCCCUGGUGGAGCUUUUCCGUCGAGGCGCAGGCCAUUGACCGCGUUCACCGCAUGGGCCAGGACGAGGAGGUCAAGGUGUACCGCUUCAUCGCCAAGGGCAGCGUCGAGGAGAAGAUGCUCAAGAUCCAGGACCGGAAAAAGUUUAUGUAUGUGUGGCUAUGGUUGUGGCUGUGCACCGUUUGUUGUUCCCUGCUGACCAAAAGUGCUACUUCGCUCGGCAUGAUGUCGGACGAGGAGAAGAAGCUCCAGCGGAUUGAAGAUAUCAAAGAACUACUCAGCUAG